AUGCUGAUGACAAUGGAAAUAUUAAAAAAUACAACGAAAUCUCCACAAGGCUCCUUGAUUCUCCCAUGGGAUCAGGAAUCAAAUGUGUUCGAACAAUACAACCAGUACAACAUGUUGGAUAACUCCACAAGUGGCGAUGGGGUGUUUGGAAUAGAACUCCUUCACGCCAAUCUCUGCAUGUCAAACUCAACCAAGUGGAAAAUGGCUGACCCGGUCUGCUCUUUAAACUUCACCUCGUUCUGGGUGCUGGUUUUCGUUGCAAUUCUGUUAGGAGUUAUCACCCUUUGGACUAUAUUUGGAAAUUUUUUAGUGUGUUUUGCAUUGUACAAAUUUCCAAAUCUACGAUCGAUGUCCAACUGUUUGAUUGGAAAUUUGGCGAUGAGUGAUUCACUACUGGCCUUAACAGUAUUACCUAUCUCAACAGGAAAUGACCUACUGGGGUACUGGAUAUUUGGAGAUGUGAUGUGUCGCGUUUGGUUGUGUAUCGACGUACUUUACUGCACAGCCUCAAUAUGGGGUCUCGUCACUAUUGCUGUUGAUCGUUACACAGCCACUGUGUAUCCUGUAUGGUAUUUUGAACGUCGCUCUCCAAUGCGAGCGUUAGCUUAUAUUAUAUUUGUUUGGCUUUUCUCUAUCGUCGUGUCACUCGCGCCUUUUAUUGGAUGGAGAGAAAUGAUUCCUGAAUUGUAUCAGUAUAAUAACAUGCUGAAUCGUUAUGAAUGUGUUUUAUUCCAGACAGAAGGAUAUGUGGUAUACUCUGCCAUGUGUUCGUUUGUGAUACCCAUUGUUCUAAUGUCCUUUCUGUACGUCAGAAUUUUUAUUGUUUUGAAAAAACGCAUGAAACAUCUAAAACCAAAACGGAACCUUUCCCUACCAGUGGAGAGUGACAUGGAAAGUGGUGUUAUAGCAGAAAGUAAUAGCCGUCUGGAACUACAUUCCAGUGAUUUUACACAGAUGAAGGACCAAGCCACACAAAUAAGUCCAAUGCUUGCAAAGUCAUCUGGAAACUUUUUAUUGGAACCAAAGUCAUCAGUGUACUUAGGUCAGAAAACAUCACAAGAUGUGAAUUUAUCUUCUGAUAGUACAAAACCCCAAAAAGAUGACGAUAAAACAAAAAUCUACCAGAAAUCCAACCCUGAUUAUGGAAUUAAUUAUAAGGGCACUCACAACAAUAAAAAUAACGGUAAGUCAGAGUUUAAAAAUGUGCCAGCUAUAAACCGGUCCAAGGAUGGUAUUCGUCCACCUAAAAUAAGUAUCAUUCGUACUCACAGCUGUCAGGAUUCAUUUGUGGAUGAUGAAAAUGAAUCUACUAGUAAUUCUGAUAACCUUCUGCACUGCCUUCCCAAAAUGGAUAAGAAAAAUGGACAUUUAAACAGGGACAAAGAGAGCAAAUCAGAGGAGCACAAUGUUACAAACUCUCAUAACUCCAGUACUAAGAAGCGUACGAAAAGAAGCUCAAACGCACGAAUUAAAAAACACAAGAACUCCUUCACAAGGAGAAAUGGAAAACUUAACAGUAUAAAAACUAAAUACGAGUUAAGAGAGCAAAGGGCAACGAAGAGAAUGGCUAUAGUAAUGGCCUGUUUUACAGUCUGUUGGAUACCAUUUUUGUUUAUGUAUACCAUUCGAAGUUUUUGUGCCUCCUGUGAUUUAAACGUACAUAUACAGGCGGCGAUUAUCUGGCUAGGAUAUGCCAACUCUGCUCUCAACCCAAUCCUUUAUACUUUAUUUAACGAUGAUUUCAGAAAGGCUUUUAAAACCAUUCUUCAUUUGGGGAAAAAACAAAAAAAGAGAAAGAAGAAAUCCUCAAAAGUACAUGAAUAA